CAUACAGUAUCAUAUUAUAGGCAUUGUGAGAAGAACUAAGAACCAAACACAAUUUUUAACUAGGGAUUUGAGGGCUUUACCCUGGAUUAGAGGGAGCCCUUCCAGAAAUUCUCAGUGGCCUGAGCCAAACCCAGGCCAAAGAGGGGGUUUGGAAAUAGUUUUCAACCAGCAAUUGACGCGCCUCGGUUAUUACCUCACUAGCUGCGUCAUUGCCCCAAGCGCAAAGAUGCUAUACUAGUAAAAACUUCUUUUAUUUUAUAGGUGUCCCUUGGAAUUCCAUCGUCUCUACCGUCCGAUGUGGGACUAGCAUUUCCCACAAUCACUCCUUCGCGUUUCGGCACACUGACCUCAUUCCCAAACAGUUCAAACGAUUCAACACGAAUAAAGGUUGCUGUAUUUUUAGAGAAGCUUCACAAUUCAUCGUUGUUGGUAUCCAUUUUCCGGGUUCAUAGUGUUAAUGAUGGAAUAUGAUGGUGUCAGCUCCUUCUCGUUCAUCACUUUCGUUACACUCUCUCUUCGUCGAUUGUUUCAUCAGUUUCAAAAAAUUCGCGCACAUACAGAAAUACCCUUUUCUUCUGUGCAAAUUCUUCAUCAGCAAAAGAAGAAUUUGCAAUGCCAAUCGCUUUCAACUCUCUCCCCCAUUUCAGGCAGAUUCAAUUGUUCAAUCUCUCGUUUUCGCUAUAAGCUCUUGCACGUCCGUAUCCUAUUGCUCCGCAAUUCAUGCUCGAGUGAUCAAAUCUUUGAAUUACAGUGAUGGUUUCAUUGGUGAUCGUUUGGUGUCAAUGUAUUUCAAAUUGGGCUAUGAUGAGGAUGCACAGAGGCUGUUUGAUGAAAUGCCUAACAGAGACUUGGUCUCCUGGAAUUCGUUGAUGUCGGGGCUUUCGGGAAGGGGGUAUUUGGGUGCGUGCUUGAAUGCGUUUUGUAGGAUGAGAACAGAGAGUGGUAGGCAACCCAAUGAGGUGACCCUUUUAUCUGUAGUCUCAGCUUGUGCUGAUAUGGGAGCGCUAGAUGAAGGGAAAUCCAUUCAUGGGGUUGUAGUCAAACUGGGGAUGUCGGGGAAGGCUAAGGUAGUUAACUCUCUCAUUAACAUGUAUGGGAAGUUAGGUUUUUUAGAUGCGGCUAGUCAAUUGUUUGAGGAAAUGCCUGUGAGGAGUUUAGUGUCCUGGAAUUCAAUGGUUGUGAUUCAUAAUCAUAAUGGGUAUGCGGAGAAAGGGAUGGAUUUGUUUAAUUUGAUGAAAAGGGCUGGUAUCAAUCCUGAUCAAGCCACUAUGGUUGCCUUGCUUCGGGCUUGCACAGAUACAGGUCUAGGAAGACAAGCAGAGUCCAUUCAUGCGUAUAUCCAUAGAUGUGGUUUUAAUGUGGAUAUCAUCAUUGCAACUGCACUUCUAAAUUUGUAUGCAAAGUUGGGGAGGUUAAAUGCUUCAGAGGACAUUUUCAAAGAGAUGAGAGAUCGGGACAGAAUAGCUUGGACUGCCAUGCUUGCAGGCUAUGCUGUGCAUGCAUGUGGCAGAGAAGCAAUUAAGCUCUUUGAUCUCAUGGUCAAGGAAGGUGUGGAGGUUGAUCAUGUAACAUUCACUCAUUUGUUAAGUGCUUGCAGCCAUUCAGGGCUUGUUGAGGAGGGGAAGAAAUAUUUUGAGAUUAUGUCUGAAGUUUACAGGGUUGAGCCCCGGUUAGAUCACUAUUCAUGCAUGGUUGACCUUCUAGGUCGCUCUGGACGUUUGGAAGAUGCUUAUGAUCUGAUUAAGAGCAUGCCAAUGGAGCCCAGUUCUGGCGUAUGGGGUGCUCUUCUUGGUGCUUGUAGGGUAUAUGGUAAUGUUGAACUUGGUAAGGAAGUUGCGGAGCGAUUGUUAUCUCUAGACCCAUCAGACCAUAGAAACUAUAUUAUGUUAUCAAAUAUAUACUCUGCGGCUGGUCUAUGGAGAGAUGCUUCUAAGGUGAGAGCUUUAAUGAAGGAGAGGAGGCUUACAAGAAAUCCUGGAUACAGUUUUAUUGAGCAUGGGAACAAGAUCCAUCGCUUUGUAGUUGGUGAUCAAUUACACCCCAGGUCAGACGAGAUACAUACCAAGCUGGAAGAACUUAUCAGGAAAAUUCGGGAGGCUGGAUGUGUACCUAAAACAGAGUUCGUUCUACACGACAUUGAUGAGGAGGUCAAAGUGGGUAUGAUCAAUAAGCACAGUGAGAAAUUGGCAAUUGCAUUUGGUCUUUUGGUGACUGGUUCUGGUGUGCCACUAAUUAUAACUAAGAAUCUUAGAAUCUGUGGUGACUGUCACAGCACUGCAAAGUUUGCAUCAUUGCUUGAGAAGCGUACCAUCAUUAUUCGUGAUUCAAAGCGAUUUCACCAUUUUGCUGAUGGAUUAUGUUCAUGUAGGGAUUAUUGGUGAUCCCCAAUUGUUCACACUGAUUUGUGUGAAGUAUAGUGCUUCUUCAGGGAAAAAGACAAGUGGAAAAAUCCAUUGGGGGCUUGCAACUGACCAUUCAGUGCAUGGAAAUGAACGCUGGCAAAUCAAAUGACAGUUUGCCAGCCGUAUCCAGGAAAGGGUUGGCUGGUCGUCCCAUUGUCAAGGCAAGUAUUCUCUUAUUACGUCAUACAAGAAACGUUUCCCCAUAAAGAUAAAUUUCUUAAAUUCAUUAGAAGCUCA